GGUGUGAUACAUUAACGCCAUCCUUAGGUGAAGGUUCACGUUUUACCAAGGGUGGGACGAACCACGGUCAAAUAAUCCAAACUAUCUUGCACAGCACUGAUGAAUCGUUAAAGAAAGUCGAACGCACUGUUAAAUAUACCAAGAAGGGGAAAACAUGUGUAGUUAUACUUGCUUGAAUUCUCCAUUUCACCCGUGGGUGAUAAAAUCUUGGAAUGUUUCUCGGCGGCCAUAUAAGGAGUACAGCCAAGGUAGUGGCUGAUUGCUUGGGCACAGGCUCCGUCCAACAGAUACCCUGCAUUGCAGCCUUACGUACAGACCCCCGGGACUGGACUGAGCUGGUACAAAAGUCACAUUCCAGCACCGCAGGCAAAAUCAGACUGACUGAGGAAAAGCCUUCCAUCUAUUACCCCCUUUCCUUGUUGUUAGCUGAAGGAAGAACCAUCUGCAUCAGAUAUGGCGGACACUGCAAGGCAAAUGUUCAACGAGGAGCAAAUUGCAGAGUUCAAGAUGGCGUUUGACAUGUUUGACGCUGACGGAGGCGGUGACAUCAGCACCAGGGAACUGGGGACCAUCAUGAAGAAGCUGGGACUAAAUGUGUCACGUGACCAGCUGCAAGAUAUGAUUGAUGAGGUAGAUGUAGAUGCAAGCGGCACGAUCGACUUCGAGGAGUUCCUGGAGAUGAUGGCGAAGAUCAUGAAAGAGGAGAAGUCUGAACUUCCUGACGACGAGAUUCGGGCUGUCUUCCAGGUGUUCGAUACCAACAGAGACGGUUUCAUUUCGGGAAGAGAAUUUAAGGAUUACCUGGACGACAUGGGCGAGGAUUUGACGGAGGAGGAAAUGGAAGAAAUUCUGGACGAAUGUGACACGAACAGGGAUGGCAGGCUGGAUCUAGAUGAGUUCCGAGAGAUGCUGGUGACAUUUAACAUCAGGUGGUGAAGGCUGAGACAAGAGUCGCCUGUUGGCUCCUCCUGGAGGGAUGUGCCGGGAAAAUAACAUUCGACAUGAACUUUCUAGUCAGCAACAUCGAAACAAUUCUGUUAACAUCUAAACUAAACACAUGUCCUUAAAGCAGGUCAAGUGAAGACAAACUUACCGGCCAUAUACAAUAGUCACGCUGAUAAACAGUUGAAUUGUCAUCAAUGUUUAUAUCUCUUAAUGUUUAUGUGCAUGGCACUCUAACUUGGCUAUAUCAUAUCCACAGAUGCGUCUUCAAAGUUCAUAACUCUAUUCUACACUGAUGACCAAGGAGAGCAAAAUGAGCGAAUCUGAAAAGAUAGAGAGCUUAUUUCUAGAAUUCUCCAACUGUCCAUGAUUUGCUAUCGUGUGUUUUACUGAGAGGCCUGUAUUGUCAUAUAUGUCAAUUUAUGACAAAAAGUUCUAAACGUUCUUGCCAACACUGAGUAAUUAUGAUUGGGACUUACCCCAAAUUUUCGGCCGACUCCGUCAGCCUUGUUCACGGAAUGGGUCGACCCUUCUACUGUAGCUUCCGGGGCGUGACGUCGGAAAGUCGUCAGAUAACCCGCCUCUGUUCAGUGUUGGACGGUUGGCCCGAGUGUACACCGCUUCUUUUACUUCUCUCGCAAAGAAAUCCGGUUCUGAGUCCAGACUUCUAUUGUGGUAUAGAUAUGUUGAUGAUACGCAUUAUGCCAAACUGAAGAAGGCGUACGCUGAUGAAUUCACUGACCGUUUUAACAGUUUAAACCCAAACAUUAACUUCACUUUUGAUCCGCAACAGAACAAUUCUUUACCCUUUCUGGACACUUUGUCAGUGGUGAAAGAAGACGGUUCUCUCCAAAGUAAAAUUUACAGGAAGAUAACCCAGUUCCUGAAUUUCUCUUCCAACCACACACUAGAUCACAAAUUAGGAGUUAUGCGUACUUUGUACGGAAACUAUUAUCACUGAUCCUCAGGACAAAGAGAAAGAUCAUGUGAUUCAAUCUUUAAAACUGUGUGGAUACCCUGAUUGGGCCAUUGAUAAAGCAACAACACCAAAAUCAGCCAAAUCUGUAUAGAUCAAGAAGACGGCUUCCUUAAAACCUAACAAGGGUUUUGUAGUAUUAUCUUACAUUAAGGGUACUGGGAAUUUUCGGUACAUAUGGCAUCAAGACUUGCUUUAGAGCGACUCGGACUCUAACAAAAAUCCUGGUCGCUCCAAAGGACAUAACACCCAAGGUAAGUAGAUGUGGAGUGGUCUACCACAUCUCUUGCCAGGGUGUAACAAACAAGGGACAGUGUAAAGAAACAUACAUCGAUGAAACAGAACGCUCGUUAAAAACACGGUUUCUCGAACACCAACGCCCGAGUUCUACUACUUCAGAAGUAUCUCGACAUAUACACAUAGAAUCUCCAUGACACUCUCGCUGACAGUCUCGCUGUAAACAUUCUGGACUCAGAACCGAAUUUCUUUGCGAGAGGAGUGAAGGAGGCGGUGUACAUUCGCGCCAACUGUCCAACACUGAACAGAGACGGGGGGCGACACAGGUUAUCUAACACG